AUGAGAUCGCUGACAGAGGCAAAGUCAAGAUGGGAGGAAACGUUCAAGUAUGGUGGUAAUAUUGAGAGUCUGCAGAAUGCCAUCAAGUCCAACAACAUUUCCAGCUCCUCCACAGCAGGGCUACGAUCGAUCUACUGGAAGGCCUUCCUCCUAUAUCGCAAUGCUCCAACCGAUCAAUGGCUUGAGCUCACUCGCCAGGCGCGUUCUUCAUAUGCUGCCCUGUGUGAAGAGCACCUAAGAUUCAUCCGCCAUCCCGAGCAGCUCGCAGCUGUCUCUUUUGACCCUCUGGCCGACGAUCCUGAUAAUCCCUGGAAUUCCGUUCGCAGGGACGAGGCUGUGCGGGCAGAGAUAUUGCAAGAUGUGCGCAGACUGCCAGACGAGCCAUUUUAUCACGAGGAGGGAGUCCAGCGAAUGAUUCUCGACAUCCUUUUCCUCUAUUGCAAACUUAACUCACGAAUCGGGGGCUAUCGGCAAGGGAUGCAUGAGUUGUUGGCUCCUAUUGUCUGGGUAGUUGCUCAGGACGCUGUCGACCGCACUCCUCUUACAGUCGAUGCUGGCAAUGACACUCUUAUUGCCGAAAUGCUCGACUCCGCCUACAUUGAGCAUGAUGCUUACGCUCUCUUCUCGAAGCUGAUGGAGAAGGCCAGUACUUUCUACGAGACAGAGGGCGAAGGGAUCAAUGGAGAAAAGACCAAGAAUACUAUUGUGGAAAGAAGCAAGUACAUUCAUGAAGUUGCCUUAAUGAAGGUGGACGAGGAGCUCGCUACACAUUUUCAGAACAUCGAAGUCCUUCCACAAGUAUUUCUCAUCCGCUGGAUCCGUCUACUCUUCGGCAGAGAGUUCGAGUUUGACCAGCUUCUCACACUGUGGGACACACUCUUUGCCUUUGAUCCCACUCUGGACCUGGUUGAUCUCAUCUGUGUUGCUAUGUUGCUUCGCAUCCGCUGGACCUAAACCGACUAUGCAGGCGUCCUUCGGCUAUCUAGACAAUACCCUUCUCCUCCUCCACCAUAUGGACCUCAUACAUUCAUCGAGGAUGCCAUGUACUUGAAGGAUCACCUUGAUGCCACUGGAGGCGCAACCUUGAUCCUGAAGUACAGUGGCAAGAACCCGGUUGUCAAGACGGCCGAGCAACCCAAAAGACCCCUUCCGAACACCAGGACACCAUCUUUUCAGAAACUUAGCAGCCUACGGCAACGUACGCUGGGCGCCAGGUCCCCUUUGUCUGUUUCGGCAAAAAUUCUGCAGCAGCCCGGAGCUGUUGAGGCUUUACUGCAAGGGGCGGCAAAAAAUGUCAUGGAGAGGAGCGAGAAGUUGGGCAUCAACAGAGCUGUUCGUGAUGCCAUGGGUGAAAUCCGGCGUAAUGUGCAAGGUUUCCAAGAAGUCCGCAGUCUAUCUAAGGGAAACCGCUCGUCUCCAGUAGACAAUGGGGAACCCCUCGUGGAACGCGCAGUCACAAUGUCCUUAAUGGAGAGAAAGAACCGCAAGUUGGCCGCUAUGCUUGGCGAAGUGGUGGCCAGUCUCAAGUCUCUUGAGGCGUCUGGGCUCCAUGGUGAGAAGUCUGAGCAGCUCCAAGUCAUCAACUCCGCUGCCGCCAAAAUUCAAUUUAUCCAGACCUUCCUGGAAGACUCUACACUUGCUUUGCCAGAAGACGACCUCCCGUCUCUAGCAUUAGAAGAUCCAGGCAAAAUGGACACCGAUCCACAAGAAUCUGACACCCUCCAUCCCCUCCAGUCCGAGCUCACCAACCCAUCUAGUUUGGCCAGACACUACCUCUUCUUCCUUGUUUCCAUCUCGCAAUCGAACAACUUCCUCGUCUUCAUCCACAUCUACUUCACCAUUUCCGAAUUCUUUCCCAUUCACAAGCCUCAGCCGACCCUCAUCGAGCGCCGGAGCUAA